ACUAAACAAAGUAAACAAACGUCAUUUCAAAAAAUAAACUCAUUUGAAUAAAAUCGCAUGCAAUCAGAUAAUUUUAUUAAAAAUGAAGCUAAUAUUGUUAAUAACAAUUUGUAUAUAUUGUUACCCUCUUGAAAGUGCACAACAAGAGGGACCGGACCCGUGGCACAACAAAAAUGACGCAAUACUUCCACAACGGGAGAAUAUUGAUGUUACACCUGAUCUGAGGAUGUCUUUGCCACAGGUUAGGACUACGGAAUCUGCAAGUACUGGGAUGAGAGACUGGUUUUUUAAACGAAUGCUAGCCAUUAUAUUAAAAGGAGGACAAUAUAAAAAAAACGAAGACAACUCAGUGAUGUUUCAGUUCAAAUGCGGUUUGAUGAGAGCCAAUGGGUCACUUUAAAUGAUUACCUCAACCCUAGUGUAUCUCUAUCAGAAGAAAUAUUCCGUCGCUCAGUGGGAUAUGUUGAAAAUGCCAUUUACAAGCCUAGUGUUUCGGAAAGAAUAGUUAUGGCUUGGAAUGAUUAUAUCCAAUUUUAUUUGGUGGAAUAUAAGAUGGAAAUCACAACGGCAUUGGGAAUACUAGCAGCUGCUGGUGCAAUGAUGUGGUUGUGGAAUCAUAUGUCCCAUAGACACUUCAAGAUUAUUGUUUUUAUUGCACUAUAUUUAUAUGAAGUAUUUGUUUCUUAUAAGGAGGCAGAGCAACAUGAAUUUGACCGCUACAUGUCAGCAAUCAAUAAAUGCAAAUGGUAUUUCUGGUCGUCCACAUGUGAUGUGCCACCUCCAGACCCUAUCAAGUUCUUAAAAUAUAUGAACCCGUUGAAAAUUGGUGUGAGGAUGUUUACUACUAUUAUAUCUGAGCCCAUGAUCACUAUAAGUGCUACAGUGCAGACUAUAAUACAUGGGAUAACAGGUGGCAUGUGGUUUCCCCUGAAUGUGAUAAUGACAGGUUUCUUAACUGUUGCUUUUACUGUUAUAUUAAUUGUACUUCUUGUAAUGAUAGUUUUUACCUAUAUACUUAACAUUCCUUUUAAUCUUAGUUUCCUAUGUGGUUUAUUUAGCAUUGGUGUGAAUGAAAGACGUGGUAGGAGUAAAAUGAGUAAUGUAAGCAGUAAUCAUUCACCCAGCAUAGAUGGUGGUGGAGACCGAAUAAGCGGAGCCACUCUAGAUAGGAUUAGAUGUAUGUACGAAAGCACUUACUAGUGCACAAGUUAAUAAUUCAAGUUCUCAAAUCCCUAAAACUCAACCUACAAGACCUCUACAUGUCACAAAUGGAUCCGCACCAGCAACUUCUUUAAAGAGGUCUUCUAGUACUGGACGAUUGCAAGAUUAUAAAUCUAACAAUCAUGAUUUUGAACUGUCUACAAUGGACUCUGGAGUUAGAAAAAGAAAUCAAGGGAUGACAAGAUUAAAUGAUGGGGGUGGUGAUGCCUUUUAAAGUGCAUGAACCGAAUUGUAGAACUAAAAGUUUUGUGGGUAUCGAGGUACCAUUGCACAGGGCCAUAAUGAGAGAUUAGGAAAUAGUGGGAUAUAAGUCAAAUCAGACCAACUAGGAACAUUGUUUCUUCCUUCCACGAAUGCAGAACCAGAUUUGGGGGUGGAGGGAAGGGAGGCCAGGCCCCAUUCAUCAAAUUCGAACUUAGCCACGUCCAAGGGGCGCCAAAAUCGUUAUUUUGAACUGAUCUGGCGCUGGACCAAUGCAGGUACUUUUAUUAUUACCGUUUUAGCUAUGGGCCUGUCUUGUAGAAUAAGAUAGAUGUACAUUAUAAUUUAAAAAAUAUGUUCGACUAACUCUGUGAUAUUUUUUAAUGAAUAUGAAUAGUUAUUUAUGUUGGCUUUUUACCAGUGAUAAUUAUGUAAAUAAUAAUGACUAGGUUUUAUUAAUGAAAUUUUUAGUGUAAGAUGUUCGUUUUUGCAUUUGUAUUUUAUAUUUUUUCACAAAAUUAAGUUUAUUAAAAAAAUAGGCUGGCUUCCAACUUCCAACGACAUGUUACCUACCUAUGUUUAGUUCAUCAUCAUUUUCUUAAAGGUGCGCUAAGAUCUAUUGAAAACGUCGCUCGUGCGUUUGUAUAGUUCUUAUAGUUUAUUUAAAUAUGCGAUUUGUGCCUUAUUCGAUAUUCGUGCAUAUUUCGGGCACGCGGGGUGGCGUAGUGUUGUGCCACUUGUGCCAUUUGUGCCGUUCCCGGGAAAAUUCCCUAAGUGGGAAAUGUUUUUGUACCGUUCUCGGGAAAAAUUCCCUGACUGAUCUUUUUUUUUUUUGCUUGGGGGAUGGCGUCUAGAAGGGUAAUCGUAUAGUGUGAAUGAGAGGCAGGCAUGACGCAGGAGCAGCUAGCAAUACGUAAAUACGGAAUCGACUACACUGCGUAAUAAGCAACGCAUUCGGUAGACUUAGAUGCACCAUAGAAUUUAUAAUCCAACGUUGUCAAUUUCCAAACAGAUUAAAAUUAAGACAAUUUUUUGCAGCAUUUGUAUUUGUAUUUCUUUAUUUGCUGAAUAUGGGUUUACAUAGAUGUACAAUAAAAUAUAGUUCAACCAUACCCUGCUUGGAAUAGCAUGCAAAUUUAAAGUAGGUCAUUUCAUUUCUGAUAAUUUCAGAAGACACUUAUAACUUUACCAUCAAAAUAUCAAUUCGUUUUUUAUUUAGACACUUUAUUAAUAUCUAAACGAAUGAUGUAACUCGCUGAUUUCUUGUUUUUAAUGAUAGGUAUUUUUUCAAAACAUUUAUACUGUAAUAAAGUCCUAGUCAAUA